GUCGCGUCACUGCAAAAUAUCACACCCCUCUUUCCUUCCUCUCUCUUUCUCCUCUUCUCCAGCUCCUCCAAUCACCACUCCGCCGCCGCUCGCACAGCCCCCCAAAACCCACAACAAUCCCAAACCAUAAAACAAAAAAUUUCAAAUCCACCCCUUUCGAUACACCUUUCCGCCAAAAACCCCUCUCCAAACAUUAAAAUUCCGCCCUAAAAAUCCAAUCUUUUUCACUAAACAUCAAAUUCCCGCUUCGGAAAACUCCAAUUCGGAGCUUCAGUUGUCGAUUGAUCGGGAAAAAUGGCGGAUUCGGACAACGAUUCGGGCGGGCACAGCAACAGCAACGCGAGCAGCCGGGAGCAGGACCGGUUCCUUCCGAUCGCGAACGUGAGCAGGAUCAUGAAGAAGGCGCUGCCGGCGAACGCCAAGAUAUCCAAGGACGCGAAGGAGACGGUGCAGGAGUGCGUCUCCGAGUUCAUCAGCUUUGUCACUGGCGAGGCCUCCGACAAGUGCCAGAGGGAGAAGCGGAAGACGAUCAACGGCGACGACCUUCUCUGGGCCAUGACCACGCUCGGAUUCGAGGAGUAUGUGGAGCCGCUGAAGGUCUACUUGGCCAAGUAUAGGGAGAUGGAGGGGGAGAAAAGCUCCGUCGCCGGAGUCAAGGAGGGCGGCGGUGGUGGUGGUGGAGGGGCGGUGAGCUCUGGUGGGGGGAUAUAUGGGGGUAAUGUGAUGGGGUAUCACCCCGGAGGGCAGAUGUACGGCGGCGGCGGCGGUGGUGGUGGAGGGGGUUGGGGGAAUAUGGGGGGAUACGGGGGCGGCGGCGGCGGCGGCGGGAGGCCAAGUGUAAUUUGGGGAUUUGAUGUUGAUGAUGAUGAUGAUGAUGAUGAAGAAGAUGAAGCAUAG